UUACCCGAGGAGCACCCUGUGCUGCUGACUGAAGCCCCACUCAACCCCAAGGCUAACAGGGAGAAGAUGACCCAAAUCAUGUUUGAGACCUUCAAUGUUCCCGCAAUGUAUGUUGCCAUCCAGGCUGUGCUUUCCCUGUACGCCAGUGGACGUACAACUGGUAUUGUGCUGGACUCUGGUGAUGGUGUAAGCCACACUGUGCCAAUCUAUGAAGGUUAUGCCCUACCUCAUGCCAUCCUACGUCUUGAUCUUGCUGGGCGUGACCUGACUGACAGCCUGAUGAAGAUCCUCACUGAGAGAGGUUACUCCUUCACCACCACUGCUGAACGCGAAAUUGUAAGGGAUAUUAAGGAAAAGCUCGCAUAUGUGGCUCUUGACUACGAGCCGGAGCUGGAGAAUGCCAAGAGCAGCUCAUCUGUGGAGAAGAGCUAUGAGCUGCCUGAUGGGCAGGUGAUCACUAUCGGUGCAGAGAGAUUCAGAUGCCCCGAGGUCCUCUUCCAGCCUUCCUUCAUUGGUAUGGAAGCUCCUGGCAUCCAUGAGACCACAUACAACUCCAUCAUGAAGUGUGAUGUGGAUAUCAGGAAGGACUUGUAUGGUAACAUUGUGCUCAGUGGUGGCACAACCAUGUUCCCUGGUAUUGCAGACCGUAUGAGCAAGGAGAUCACUGCCCUUGCACCGAGCAGCAUGAAAAUUAAGGUGGUGGCACCGCCUGAGAGGAAAUACAGUGUCUGGAUAGGAGGGUCCAUCCUUGCCUCCCUUAGCACCUUUCAACAGAUGUGGAUCUCGAAGGCGGAGUACGAUGAGUCGGGGCCAGCAAUUGUUCACCGUAAGUGCUUCUAAGCUCAAGGGACCUCUUCGUCUUCAUUCUCUGUAUCUGUUCCUCUCAUCAAUUCUGUUUCAUAUAUAAGCUACAGUGUUUGAGACUGCCAGCCUUUGAGCAGGCAGUGUUGUCGAUUUAUUCUUUUGUGGCUCGCUACAAUGCAUGCAUUGCUCCAGUUCCUUUCCAUACCAAGUUUGUUGCUAGUGGUGAAAACAACAAAAAAGGUUGGAAGUUAUCCAAGUACCUAGGAUAAUCUAUUUUGACUGUACUUGUGUGAGCCACAUUAUUGGUUCUCUUUGCACAUCCAUCUAAGAGAUAUGCAGCUCA